ACGUCAAUAGUUAUGCUGGUCUGCAAACAGCCGGGAUUAUUGCACACGAAGUUGGACACAAUAUCGGUGUGGACCAUGAUGGAGGAAACAACUGCACCGCUGGCGUAAACAUCAUGGCUCCUGUGCUGCCAGGAGGACAAGGUGCCUUGAAAUGGUCACCAUGCAGCCAAAAAGUGCUUCAAGGGUUUCUCAGUGGACCUGGCUCCAAAUGUUUAGAUGAUCCUCCAAGGAUAUCUCUUCCUGGCUUUAACUACUCGGCUAAAGCGGACAGAAACCUUCCUGGCGUUUUGUUUGACGGAGAUACUCAGUGUGAAUUUCUUUAUGGCGUUGGAUGGCGACAUUGUUCUUUUGAGAAGACAAACUGUGGCUCUUUGUACUGUUCAAGAUCAUACGGCAGUUGCAACAGUAAGCUUGCUCCCCCGGCGGACGGUACAAAUUGUGGACCACGCCAUUGGUGCAUCAAGGGCAAGUGCGUUGAUAAUGGUUUACCCAGAAUUAAUGGUGGAUGGGGUGAGUGGUCAGAAUACAGUUCUUGCAGUCAGACAUGCGGAGGAGGGGUACAGUACAGAACCAGGGCUUGCACUAAUCCACCACCUGAAAAUGGCGGUGAGAACUGCUUGGGAUCUGCAAGAGGAAAAUGGAAAAUAUGCAACUCGCAGAUUGAGUGCCCUUUGCCAUCUUAUCGAGAUCUACAAUGUAUGGAGAAACACCCGGAGAGGAGGGCCUAUUACAUUUCAAAUCCUUGUAGGCUAGCCUGCAUUCAAAAGAAUUUAGUAAGACUUUAUGGCUCAGUAGCUGAUGGAACACGAUGCACUGACCAUCCUGAAAUCUUUGACGUAUGUAUCGAAGGAAAAUGUCGGGCUGUUGGCUGCGACCAUGGUUUCGAGUCUGGAGCGAGGAAAGAUCGCUGUGGAGUUUGUGGUGGUGUCGGAGACACGUGCAUUUUGGUGAAUUCUACGUACACGAAAUUUCACACGGGAUACGGUUUUGAAAAACCAGACACCAUUAUUGUCUUACCGGUGGGAACAGCCAAUGCUAUAUUUAAGAAGAGAGGAAAAGGUUACAACAUGUUAGGUGUUAAAGAUCCUCAUACAGGCGAAUACAUCAUAAAUCUCCCCUCAUGGAGUCGAACUGUUUACUACAAUGGGACAAAAAUUGAAUACGAACAUAAAGACAACAGAUAUGAUGAUUCUAUUUUUGUAGCUGGGCCCACAAAAAUUCCCAUUGAAAUUGUGUUUGUUUUUCUAUAUGAAAAAAAUCAAGGAGUGGAUUUUCACUACUACAGACCACUACUAUCUAACGAAACUGCUCAGAGAGCCUCUUUUGAAUGGGUCGUUGGCAUCUGGUCUGCUUGCUCAAUGACUUGUGGCCAAGGUAUCAGAACCCGGGAUCUCAGCUGCGUUCGAUCUGAUGAUGGUACUCCUGCAUCAGUUGACUCCUGUUCCGCCGAAGUCAAACCCGCGUCACACAUUGCCUGUGAUAACCAGAAUGACUGCGCGCCAGAGUGGCAUCAAACAGAUUGGAACGAGUGCUCCAAAACCUGUGGAAAAGGGAGUCAUUCUCGACUUGUCUACUGUCGAAGAAAAGCUAAUGAAUCUUAUUUCGAGAUAAUCAGCGACUGGCUCUGUGAUGAGAGUGCCAAACCAAACAUUACUCUCGUCCAGCAGUGCAACGAAGUGCCAUGUCCGGCAGAAUGGAGGGGUCUGCCUUGGUCCAAGUGUUCCAGAACAUGUGGCGGUGGCUUGAUGACAAGGGAGCUGGAGUGCAUCCGGACGGACGAAGCUGGUCAUAUAAUACCGGCUGCGAAAGAACUAUGUCAUCAUGCCAUGAAACCACUCACUGAGGUUGUUUGCAACACAGACAAACACUGUGAUCCUCCUCCGGAGAUUCAAGUGGCAUGUUUCUAUGGUGCUGAUAAUCUUCAAGAGGUACUCCAUGAUUUUACCAAAGAAAUUGAGUGGGAAAACACGAGUGCAGUUGUCAAGAAGUGCGCGAAAUUGGCCUAUGGAAGAAAUUAUAAGCUGUUUGCCUUGGGCCAAAGUGGUCUGUGUUUGUCUGGACCGAAUACUAGUGAUAAAUAUUAUGUCAGUGGAACUGGUUGGUCGUACUGUAGAGAUGGUAUUGGCAUGGGAAACAGCAUGUUUGUUUACACCUUAGAGCCACUACCAAGCUUUCAACCAAUUGGAUGUUACCAUGACAGUAUUACUGAUCGUGCUCUGCCCGUAAAUUACGCCAAUUUCCGAUCACAGAUAAUUUGGACAAAAAUGAAUUUGACGGUAAACCGGUGCGCACGUGUGGCUUUUCACAAAGGUUAUGAGUACUUUAGUGUUCAGUUUUACGGAGAGUGCUUCGGUGGAAAGGAUGCUGGGAAAACUUACUCCAAAUAUGGAAAAAGUGGUUAUUGUUGGUUCUUCAAUAGCCAAAACGGACAUGCAGUUGGAAGAGAUUUGACCAAUUUUGUAUAUCACAUUCAACAGGAUGAUGAAAGUGCAGCGAAGGUGAAAUAACAUAGAAGGACAUUGUUGAACAAUAA